AUGAACUCCGCAAUACUCAGUGUGCUGCUCAUAUCUCUCAGUGGCUUCUGCUACAGCGCUGACUCUGUGGUGGACGACACUGAGCUUCUACUGACCUUUCUUAUCCAUCGUCAUGGCGACAGGACUCCGAUCGAAUCAUUCCUAUCUAUGAGCACAGGUGCUGAGGAACUCGAGGAAGCUUCAGCUAAAUAUGGAUAUGGACAGCUAACUGAUGUUGGAAAACGUCGUGCUUACCAGCUGGGACAGUUCAUCAGACGGCGUUACGAUGAGCUCCUGUCUCCAAACUUCAACAAGUCAGAGAUCUACAUCCGUUCCACUGAAUCCACCAGGGCCAAGAUGACAGUUCUAACUGCGUUGGCAGCCGUCUACCCUGCUCCCGAAGACAACUGGAGCCAAGACGUCAACUGGACACCCGUUCCCUAUACCACCGUGCCUGCUAAAUAUGACUUCAACUUGGCAUCACUAAACUGUCCGACAUUCACAGCAGCUUUUUAUGAAUCUGGUACACCAGCGACAGUUCCUGAACUGGAUCAGUACGCCGAUGUAUUGGCAAAAUGGUCCAGUAUACUAGGAUACAAUAUUUCAACACAACCCUUAAUGGACGCUUACUCUUUGAAUGACUUGUACGUCAGUCAGAUGAGUUUAGGAAUCCCCCUGGAUGACGACAUAGCAGCUAUUUACCCAGACAUUGAGAAGAUUGCCGGUAUAGCUAUCAAAGCUAUAUACGACCCUGUAGAAAUGAGAUCUCUGUCUGGUGGCGUACUCCUGAACCAGUUCUUCACCGUAGCUGACCAGGUCAUAGCUGGAGAAGACGUGCAAAGAGUCCACAUUUACUCCGCUCAUGACGUGAACGUUUUCGCCUUUGAAGCAGCUACCAAAGUGGUCAACACUCAAGGAGUUCCCAAAUACGCGUCAGCAUAUGCUUUGGAAUUGAGGAAAGUUGUGAAGACUGGUGAUUAUAUCGUUGUGCCUACGUACCUGCCCACCCCCAGUGAGGACGUGAUCAAAUACCUUGAGAUCGAGGAGUGCGGCCAGAGAUGCGCCUACGAGAGCUUCCGCAGCGUCACUUCGAACAUCGUCUUAGAUGAAGAUGAAUGGAGGACGACAUGUGGCUUCUCCAACGACAUGGUCAUUGAUACUUCAUCAGUCGACUAA